AUGCACAAACCGACUUAUCUCCAUAGAAUAUCACACAAGAUAAAGAGUUAUCUAUCCCGUCACAUCUCCCUUAAAAACCUUCGAAAAUUAGCAUUUGUCAUAUCAUUAAUAUCAUGUCUCGUUUCAGGUUCUAUCUUGCUAUUUUCCUUGUUUACAAUAUCAUUCCAUGAGGUAUUGGGGUUAAGCUUUAUGCAAAUCAACACCAUCGCCUCGUUUUCUGCAUGCGGAAUGUACUUUUGUCUACCUGUGCUAGGGUACCUUGCUGAUUGUUAUGGCCCAGCAUUAUUGUCAUUGUUUCUGAUUUGGUUUUUCUGUCCAAGUUACUUGAUUAACAGUUAUAUCGUAUGCGUGCUUCGAGAGCAACCAGUACUGAACAAGUACAUUUAUGCAUUCUGUUUCACAUUUUUUUUGAUUGGGUUAGCGACAAGCUCGCUAUACUUUUCCAGUUUAAUCACCUGUGCCCGGAUCUUCCCCAAUCAUAAAGGCUUAGCCAUAUCGUUACCAAUCACUUGCUAUGGGUUCUCAGCAUUGAUAGGAUCACAAAUGCUCAAAAUAGACUACUUUUUAGACCAAGGACAAUUGGACUUGUACAAGACAUUUAGAUUUUUCGGCAUACUUUACUUUGGCAUUGGCGCAUUGAACUUUGUAUCUAGUUCAAUAGCAAUUGUGGAACAAGAAUUGAUAUUCAAUUUAGAAGAAGAGGAAUCACCCAUAAUACCCGAUGAAUGCAUGAGUGUUGAUGAAGAAACUCCGUUGGCUCCCGUGAUGUCAAGACGUUCUUCUAUUGAACCACCUAACCAUCAUCAGAGAUUCAUACAAUUCUUGAAGGAUAAAUCGGCAUGGCUAUUACUUGUAUCAUUAGUUCUCAAUAUUGGACCCAUGGAAAGUUAUCAAAACAAUCUUGGAUCCAUCCUCAAGAACAUAACUCCCGGGGCCGACCUUUCCGAUCAAGUAAGUCUAAUGGCCACUGCAUCAACAGUAGCUAGACUUUUAGUCGGAGGAGCAUCUGAUUACUUGGCAACCAAGGGGAUAUGUCGAGUAUGGCUUCUUAUUGUCGUCAUUUUUAUCGGAGCAAUUGGUCAAUAUGCAAAUGGGGUAUUGGACCCAAAUACACCUGUGAAUUACUCCCUCAUCGCCAUGAUUAAUGGGGUUUCGUACGGGGGUAUGUUUACAUUGUAUCCUACUAUUGUUGCAUCCAUAUGGGGAAUUGACAUUAUGGGAUCCACAUGGGGAUCAUUCAUGGUUGCCCCAGCCACGGGAUCAAUCUUGUAUUCUUUGUUUUACGGACACAAUGCCGAUUCAAGAUGCACAGGCAAUGCCCGAGGAUUGUUCAACAACUGUUUAGAGAGAUACUUUACAUUCACUUCUCUUGGGUUAAUUACUAGUUGUGCGUUGGUUUACAUUGUGUGGAAGUUUAUUUGGUAUAAACGAGGACUAUACAUUUUUUAA